AUGCUUAAUAAUUGCCAUUCACUUUCUCUUAGUUGCUGCUAUACACAUGUGACAUCUCUCUUUUUCCACUGGUGCAAAAAUCAAAUUUCCAUGGCAAAGUUUCUUUAUCCUCCCCUUCUCAUCAAAUUCCUUUCUCUUUUACUUCUUUCAUCUACUUGCACUUCAGCUACUAAUUACUCCAUAAACUGUGGAUCAGGAUCCAUUGUUAGUCUUAAUGAUGGCCGGACUUUCGCUGGUGAUGAAAAUUCUGGUUACUUCUCUACAGGAAAUGGUGGUUCUAUCAGCAACGAUUCAGGAUUACCUGCAGACACUUCUCCUCUCUAUCAAACCGCAAGAAUUUUCAGGCAGCCAUCACCUUAUGAGCUCACAAUCACUGAUAAUGGCACAUACUUAGUACGCCUUCAUUUCUAUGCUUUCAGCUCUAAAGGAACUAAUCUUUCUGAGGCUUUAUUCAGUGUUUCCACUUCAAAAUUCUUGCUCUUAUCUAAUUUUAGUGUGAAGAACACUAGCCAUUUACCAGUGAUCAAAGAGUUCUUGCUCACUAUAAAUGAAGAAAAGCUUAGAAUUUACUUCAUACCUGCUACAGAGACGUCUUUUGCUUUUCUUAAUGCCUUGGAAGUCCUUAUUCUUCCUCAGGACUUCAUCAAGGAUGAAUAUGCCGUUGCAGUCCCACCCAUAGGAACUGGAAAUGGUACUUUCCAUGGUUUGCUGUCCCAUGCUUUCCAGACACUCUAUAGGAUCGAUGUUGGACAGAAUACUAAUAUAUCAAAUGAUCCAUUCUGGAGGGACUGGGUGGGGGAUGAUCCUUACCUACUUCCAGGGUCUUCUGCUAGAAACUGUGCUUUUUAUUCUGGUAAGCUUAAUCAUGCUCCUGGAGCGACGGUGGUUCAAGAUAUGACCCCAGACCUUGUGUACAGGACUUGCAAAGAAGUGAGCAUAGAUAGUAGUGUGGCAUCAAAUUAUUCUUAUAUAACUUGGCGUUUCAAUGUGAGGAAGAAAACUAAUCAUCUCGUUCGCCUUCACUUCUGCGACACUAUCAGUAAGUCACCUGGUACUUUGAAGUUUGAUCUAUACAUUUACACAAAAUUCAGCCAGCUCGUUAAUUCUUCCGAAGUUAAUGGCGCUACUUUGGCAGCUCCAUUUUUUGCUGAUUAUGUCAUUGAAUCUGAUGAUUCUGGAUAUAUAAACUUCAGUAUAGUCCCUAACAAUGAUUCAGAAAUGAAAAAAGCCUUUCUAAAUGGAGUGGAGAUUAUGGAGUUUUUGACAAACACACGCAUGAAUUUGGGUCAUCUCGGACAUCCAAGCAAACAUCUUGUUCUUGUAAUUGGUUUGUCAGUUGGGUGUGUGGUUUUGAUUUCCCUUUUGAUAAUCUUGUUCCUGUUUGUUUUGAGACGUAAGAAAGCUAAGCCUGUUGUAGCUUUGGUUCUGAAGGAUGAUGUUCCUCCUGGGGGAGGGAGGCCUCACAGUUUGAUAACGGAAACAACUGUCAAUUCCUUCCCUGUUCCUAGUUUGAAUCUCAAGUUAAAGAUGUCUUUCUCUGAAAUACAGGCUGCUACUAGGGACUUCGACACCGAAUUGUUGAUUGGUGAGGGUGGGUUUGGUAAAGUUUACAAAGGAACUCUUCCCACUGGAAUGAAGGUGGCUGUUAAACGAAGCGAUUCAAGCCAUGGCCAGGGCCUUCCAGAAUUCCAGACUGAAGUUAUGGUCCUAUCCAAAAUUCGCCACCGUCACCUUGUUUCCUUGAUUGGGUACUGUUAUGAAGGAUCUGAGAUGAUACUGGUUUAUGAAUUCAUGGAAAAGGGGACUCUGAGAGAGCAGCUAUACACCUGGAAAGAGAACUCAAACACUGCAUCUGUGCCACCUAGAUUGACUUGGAAGCAAAGGCUUGAAAUCUGCAUAGGUGCAGCUAAGGGUCUUCAUUACCUUCACACUGGUUCUGAUUGGGGAAUCAUUCAUGGAGAUGUUAAGUCAACAAACAUCUUGCUUGAUGAACAUUAUGUGGCAAAAGUUGCUGAUUUUGGUCUUUCACGUUCGGGCCCUCCUAAUACAGACCAUUGCAGAACGGGUCUGAUAGGAAGCUUCGGUUAUCUUGAUCCUGAAUAUGUGAGAACUCUUCAGUUAACUGAUAAAUCGGAUGUCUACUCCUUUGGUGUGGUACUUCUUGAAAUACUUUGUGCUCGACCUCCUAUUGUGAACUCUACCAGGAGAGAGGAAAUAAACUUAGCUGAAUGGGGGAUGUUUUGGCUAAAGAAAGGGGAAAUAGAAAAGAUUAUUGAUCCUUCAUUGGCUGGUCAGAUUAAUCCUCACUCAUUGAGAAAGUUCGGUGAAAUAUCUGAGCAGUGCUUGAAGGUAGAAGGGGCUAACAGACCUACAAUGCUUGAUGUGCACUGGGACUUAGAAUAUGCACUGCGGCUGCAACAAACUCCAGUGCCCAGAGAACCAUAUGAGGACAGCAGAACAGAUGUUUCAUCAAAUUUUGUAAUGAGUCUGGGCUAUAACAGUUUCCCCCGUGAAGAUGACUCUGUGCACAUUGCCGAUGAUGCUCACUCAGGCUUGAAGUUCCUUUCCUCCCAAUCAAUUAUGAUGGUCCCAGAUAAUCUUCACAAUCAACACAUUUAGAUGACCAGUGUCUAGUGUCUGCUUACUAUAUUGUUUUUGGUUAUAUAUAUAUAAUUCGCUUCAACUAGGAAUCGAACUUGAGCUCUUAUAAUUUUGGAGAUGACUCCAGUAUUAUGUACUAAGAUAAAGAUCACUGGUCUACUAUAUAGUAUCCUUGCAACCUUUAGACCAUCUAUUAGCAUAUAUUGGUACUCUUGUUUAUUCAAGCUGUUGGAAAGUUCAGAGAUUAGUUCGGUAAAGUUACUCAUUUAUCAUUAGCUGUAAAUUGCCGGAAAGAAAUGAGAAUCAGGUGUGAUUAUUGGAA